UAUUAGGUUGAAUCGUAUAGUAGUAGAAGAACAGAGGUCAGAUGGGAGCCGAAAAAACCUUUAAAGUUCCUGACUGGAAGAGUUAUAAAAUAGAUGGAAUUAAGGAGUUAGAAUGGACUAGAGAUAAUUUAGCAAGAAAAGGCUUGAAAGAUCCAUGGCUAAGAAAUGAGGUAUGGAGAUUUCAAAAUCAUCCCGGACCCAUGAAAAACGUGCUUAUUACGUUCUCGAGAGGAUUCAAGUAUGCCGUUGGUUUAAUGGCAAUUACUAUAGCCGUUGACAAAGCCUUUGGUAUUACCGAAAAGCGAAGUCACAUUAAUUAUAAGCAUCCUGACGCGGACUACCAUCAUCACUAAACAAAAAGAAUAGAAGCUAUGUGUGUGAAAGACAGUAGAAUUGCCAACUUAAUAAUAAAAAGUUAUACAAAAACAAAGCGCAAAAAGGCGAUAUCAAAGUGCGGCGAACAGUAAACUAAAAUUAAUCAAAUUUUUAUUCGUGCGUCGUUUUGUGAAAAGUUGUAUUUUAUAACUAUUGCAUAUAAAAUAAAAUACUAUAAUGGCGAUCGUAU